AUGGAUAACAGUAGCGAUGUUCCAGCACGUGUUCAGAUGUCAGGUUCUAAAAAAAAUAAAAAACACUUGUCAAUUAAAGUACAAAAGACUGGUAAUAAAAAGGUGAUUAGUGAACACAAAACUAAGUUUUCACACUCUAAGCCUACAAAAUCACGAGCUCCAGUUCCUUCACAUGUAUCUAAAAAGCCUUCAGCAUUACCACCCUCUUCUUCCCAGCCACCACAAAAAUUCAAGAGAAAUUUACUAUCUUCCCAUGCCGAUCAUACACCAUCACCAUCACCAUCACCAGCUGAAUCACCAUACUGUUCACCUGUCCAACCUCAGUCAUUUGAUAAUGCUCCUAAUAAUGAACGAAAUUUACAUCAUGCUCACUCAUCGGAUAAAAAUCAUCACGAUGAAUCUCUUGCUCAAGAAGGUGAACUUGUCACUCAAGAAGGGCUCUUGAAAAUAGAGCCUUUUGGCAAUGAGUUUAAUCCAUGUACUGCUGUUCGUCAUGUAACAAAUGCCAUUAAAAGCAAAUUUUCAGAAUUCUGCCCUUCCUGGAGACAUGCUAGUGAGCAAAUGCGAGAUUUGUGGUUUACUGAAUUUAAAAAAAAUUGUAUGUGGGAACCUCAACACAAUGCAAGAAUUCGUCAAAUUUUUGAGAUUAAAGGGAGUGAUCGAUUAAGAUCAUUGAUGAAUCAGGAGAGACGCAAUUAUUCAAAAGACCCUAACCAUGUACCAAAAUAUAUUCCUGAACCCGUUUGGCGUCAACUAUUACAUUAUUUUGCUACAGAUUCGAAAUUUAAGAACUGGUCAGCAGCAAAUACUGUGAAUCGAGCAUCAAAUGAUGGAAGUUCCAUGCAUACUGGUGGUUCCAUAUCUAUGGGUGAACAUGCACGCAGAAUGGAGAAAGCUACGGGAGUAAAACCUUCUCUAGAGGAGGUUUAUACUAAAUGCCACACCAAAAAAGACAAAAGUUGGAUUGAUGAAAGAUCUGAGAAAGUCAUUGGUGAAUUCAAAAAGCGAAAGACAGAACUUUCUCAAGUAACUUUAUCCUUGGAUAAUGAGGAAGAUGUUGAGGCAUCUAAGGAAAGCCUAGAUAUACCAGAUGAUUAUACUGUUUGGAAUGAAGUUGUGACAAAGGGAAAAAAGAAAGCUGCUUUUGGCUUAGGCUCUUUUGGUUUAGAUCUCUCUUCAAAGUUGGAUUCCAGAAAUUGUUCAGAGACAUCUAAAGACAAUCUAAAUAUUGAGCAAGAACUUCACAUGUGGAAAGAAAAAGCAAAGGAGCAAGAAAUGAUCAAUGAAGAGCAAAAGGUUAAGUUGAAAGAUGCUGAGCACAAGUUAAAAGAUCAAGGACGUCAACUAAAAGUUCAACAGAAAAGAAUUGGUUCUACUGAAAAGACAAUUCAUGCUUUGUAUAAAAAGUUGAAUCUCCCACUUCCUUCAACCUUGUCUGAUCCUACGGAAGAUGAGCUUUGGACAGGCUCUAGUGAUGAUAACAUGAGUGAUUGA